AACAUUACUAACAAAUCAACAAUCAAAAUGGCUGCCCUCUUUGGUAAUCCUCUAUCUACCCAAGUAGGGCAAUUAAUCGAACAAGCCACAGAUGGGACACAUGCUACAGAAAAUUGGGCCCUUUAUAUGGAAGUUUGUGAUGUCAUAAAUGAAACUGAUGAAGGUCCGAAGGAUGCCAUUAAAGCAUUUAGAAAAAGAAUAUCUCAAAAUGUUGGGAAGAAUUAUACAGCAGUUAUGUAUUGCCUUACUUGCAUUGAAUCUUGUGUGAAAAAUUGCGGUCGCCGUUUUCAUAUUCAAGUUGCUAACAAAGAUUUCCUUCAUGAUUUGAUUAAAAUUAUUGGGCCAAAAAAUGAUCCACCACAAAUAGUUCAAGAAAAAGUUUUGAGCAUGAUACAGACAUGGGCUGAUGCAUUCCGAGGUAAUGCUGAGCUGAAGGAGGUAGAAAAAGUCUACCAGGAGCUCAAGCAGAAAGGAAUAGAAUUUCCAAUGACAGAUCUUGAUAAUCUUGCUCCUAUACAUACUCCAGCCAGGAGUGUACCUGAGAGAGAACAGCCACCUUUACAUGAACGGGGAGGAAGCAGCAGAGGGCCUCCAACUCAAUCUUCUCCUGUUUAUAACCCAGCUGUAGGGUAUCCUGCAGCUGGAGGGUACCCACCAGUUGCAGGCUAUCCACCUGUUACAAGUUAUCCUGCUGGAUAUCCUCAUGGUUAUCCGCCAGCCGCAGCUUAUCCUCCUGCCGCAGCUUAUCCACCAGGAUCAUUUCCACCAGCCCCUGGAGACAGCAGCAACACCCCUCUUAGCUCAGAGCAGACGACAAAAUUACGGCGUGAGCUGGAUGUAGUGCACGGCAACAUUCGAGUGAUGAGUGAAAUGCUCACAGAACUUAGUCCUACUAAUGUUGACCCAUCUGAUUUAGAACUUCUGCAAGAGUUGAACAGGACUUGCCGGCAGAUGCAGUCUCGGAUUGUGGAGCUUUUAAAUGAAAUAGCCACUGAGGAAGUUACAAAUGACCUCCUGCGUGUUAAUGAUGACCUGAAUAAUGUGUUUCUGCGAUACGAACGUUUUGAGCGCUACCGUACUGGGCAGUCGGGUCAAGCCUCCACACCUGUUGCAGAGAGUACACCACAUGAUACCCUACCCCCAGCAUAUGAUCAACUUCCUGCUGCUUCAAAUCCCAAAGUAGGAAACUUAAUAGACUUAAGUGAUGAUCCUUUACCUGCAACUUCUACUGUCAAUGCACAAAUGGCAGCACUCACAUUAGGAGGGACUGUAGUAGGUAAUAAUACUGCUCCACCUCCGCAACAACCCCCACCCCCAACAGACGACUUCGACAUGUUUGCUCAGUCCAGACAAUCCUUUGACCAAAGUAAACAAAACAUUUCCACAACACGAUAUGAUGUCCAGCAGACAGACACAUACAGCGGUGGCCUCGGUCAAGCUGUAGCUCAAAGAACAGCUCAAGAAACAUUAAAAAUGUCAGAUGAAGAAACCCUUAAGCUUCAAGAUAAAGAGACGGACUAUGAUGAAAUGGAACAAUGGUUAGCCACGCAUGGAGCAGGGGAAACUCAAGGCAGACCGCAAGAACCUAUAACUAGCUCAGAGUUUGACAGAUUCUUGUCAGAAAGAGCUACUGUUACUGAAAAUGUACCAAGUAUUUCAGCACAGACUGGGCAACAACCUUCAAGGACCACCCGAACUCUUCAGAAGAAAGAUGAAGAUGAAAAUCCAUUAUUUGCAUUGUGAAGUUUGGUGCUAGCUCUAAGAAUUUAUUUUCAUUUGUUAUAAAUUAUUUGUAAACUUUUAUAUUAUGUUGUUUGAAACAACCUAUGUGUUUCACUGAGAAGAAAUUUUUUUUUUUUUAACCAUGAAUGAUUGUUGACAAUUUUAAGUGAAGACAAUAUGUAUUUUAUGAUAAUAAAAUGACAUCUACAAAUAUGUAAAAUUCUAUAUUUAUUUAACUUGAAUACUAAAGUCUUUUAAUGGUGGAAUAUUAGAUUUGAUUAGUGGCCACAUGUAUCCUGCUUUGCAGUUUCUUAAGGAUAUGCAAUCAAUUAAAUAAUAUACAUAACACACAUACAUACACAUUAGAAAUGUAUAACUUCUUUCUGCCUUAGAAAAUGUUUUUUCAAGUUCCCUUUUUUUGGAUAAUAUAUCCUAAUGACAAUUGACAAUAAUUCAUCGUUUGAUUCUUCAUCAUUUACCCCAGUUAAAUUAUAUUUAUCCUCUUCAUCUGGCUGGGAAGUAAAUUGAAGCUAUCUGAAAUAAUCAGAAUACUUAAAACUAAUAUUGUAAUGCAAUACUUUUGCUACAUUUUAGUAAUAAUUUUGCUACAUUUUAGUAUUAUCUAUUUGGUUGUAAUAAUGCUUAAACAAUGACUAUUAUAAUUUACAAAGAGUCCCUGUUGUUUAUAGUCUAACCAAGAUAGUUAUGUUAAAAAAAAAGUACAAAUUGAAAUAUAUUUAAAUAUUUAUACUGAGUAAAAGUUGUGUGUGCAGUUAUUAAUUACAGCAUUGCUUUGUCAGCAGUGUUUUAUCUUCACAUCUCUGAUGGUUUGUGAUUUGAUACAGCUUUUUUUGUUGCCUGAUUGUCGUUAAAACCAUAAUUUUGAUAUAGCUUAUCUUUCCUGUUAAUUACCUGGUUGUAGGCCUUUAGUAUUGUUUAAAGCAGUGGUUCUUAACCUUUUUGGAGGUUCAGAACCCCACCAGUUAUAUAUGCACAUUAAGCGAACCCUUCUUAAUAGACAAAAUUUGAUAGCGGAUCAAAUGAGUUGGGUGUGUGUCUUGACCUCUGCCGAACCCCUGAGAUUGAUUCAAUUAAACCACAGGGGUUUGAUCUAACCAAGGUUAAGAACCACUGGUUUAAAGCCAUGUACCUUAAAUUUUUUAAAUGCAAAAGAAUAUACUUUCUGCUUUUGUCAAAUCAGUUCAUGAACAGCUUUUUUUCCCCCUGUCCUAAGAAUGUAAAACUCUGCAUCUAGAUGCACUAAAUACAUUAGUAAAGCUUUAAAGUACCGGUAGAUUGAAUGAUUAAAUAACUCAUAUACAAAUAAUUGAUUGAUAUAGAAAACAGUUUCAUAACUGCUUUUUAUAUUGCAUGAGAAUGAAUAACAUUGUGAUAUGCCUUGAUAUUAUGUGUUUAGUUUCUCAUUGUGAAUGUCCUCGUAAUAAUGAACUGAUCAAUGUUUUGCCUCUUUAUCUUAUGCCAGGUUGUAAUUUUGUUUGAAGGCAUUUUAUUGUAAGCAUGAUCUAUUUUAACAUUAUAAGUAAUUUAUUCUUUAAAUUGUUCCCCGAUUAUAGUUUUUAUUUUUAGGAAAGGAAUAUAAAAAGAAAUCUGUAUCAAAUGUUUUUUUUUUCAAUUAUUUUCCCCUGAUUUUGUAGCUUGAUAGUAGAUCUACAUAUUUAAUGGCUAGUGGUAUAUUUUCUAUACUUCUGCUUGUUAUUCAUUUUGUUAAAGUAAACGAAUUCUUUUUUAUUUUAAAAAAAUGGAUUCCUUGGAUAACCACUAACAGUAUUUUUGCUGAUGGCACCAAAAGCCAAAGGUGUUUGAUAGCUGUCUACUGAAGUGGUGCAAAAUGUGUCCUCACCUCUGUUACAAACUUAUUCAUAAGUGCUUAUUUCAGUUUAAUUGGAGCUCGGCGCUUUCUUAUAGGUCCCAUCCAAACUAAAACAUCCCAGUGUUGAUUUUUUUAAAAAAUUGCCCAGUAAUUUUAGUAAACCGAAUUUUAUGUAUUGAUUUUAUUUUCAAAUAAAAUGGACACAAACUUAAAUACAACUUUUAACUUGCAUUUUAGAAUAUGUUACAUCAUAUGAUGUUUAGCAGCUUCUUCUGGUGAACUGGUCUUUGAUGUUUUUUUGCACGCUUCAUUGAAUUAAGAUCACUAGUGAAACAUUCUUUUUAAGAGAGCAUUAAGUAAAGGGUUUGUUUUGCUAAACUAGUGCAUUUAAGGAAAACUUUGUUCAAUUCAACAUAACAAUUAAUUAAGUAUUGGACUGUUUAAUAUUUAAAGAGUGUUAAAAGUCAUUCCUGUUAUUCUAUUAAAGAGUGUAGUACAAAAAGAGUAUACUUCAGUUUUUGAAGAUGUAAUGAGUUUUUAUUACAAAAUUUUUGUUGUUUGUAAAAUUGUGGAAUUUUCAAAUUUCUGCCAUUGUUGCAGACUACAAUAAAGUAUAAAUGCA